AUGAAUAUUUCACGAGAUCAUAGUAUAAUUGAAGAAUCUACUAAUUGCGAUAUUGAACUGCAAAGCUAUUCUUGGAACAAAAAGGAAAAAUGGCAUGAAACAUUUCAAGACUAUAAAUCGCAUGACAAUUUAUCUCAAGCUGAUACAAUUUCUGAAGGUUUAACUCAAGAAAGUACUAAUUCGUUAUUUGAAGAAUCUUCACAAGAAAGUUGUUCAUAUACUUUAAUUGAAGAUUCUGAUCAUGAAA